AUGCCGUUGCAGACAGAGAAUGAAAUGAAGCACGCAAUGUUUAUAAGAUAUCUGGAACUGGAACUGGAAUUUUUGAACUACAGGGAAAGAACCAACGCGCUAGAAGACGAACUACUUAUACAUGUUUCUUCCCUAACCCCGACCCCCACCCCUUUUGCAUCCCUCUUACGACCCGGUAGCUCGACAGCACUCAGACUCUCCACAACUGAUACUGUUGUUACUUUUGAGAAGUUUGUUGACCAGGCUUAUCACGAGGAUCGCGAUGCCUCUGAAGAACAAAUGUCUUAUGGUGAAAUAGAUUUUUGGUAUCCUGAGGAAACAAACCAUCCAGCAUCCGCUUUGGCUCACAGCAGUGCAGGAGAUAUUAUACAUGCGAAGAUUUUAUUUGCUUCUUGUGUUGGACGAGGGAUGACCAUUCUUCAUAGAGACUCUUGUGUGCUUGGUUUUCAUUUUUGCUGAACUUGAACUUGGUGGUGCUGGUGCUCGUGGCCAUGAAAUCACGUAUCACUUACGCCAGUCAUUCCGAAUCUAAUUCUCGAAAGGCAAAGAAAAGUGGAAGACUACCGUUUGUCAACACAUAGUAAAGUCGAAGAUCUUAUUCUGUUCGCACAUAGUAAAAAAGUACACAAUUCACUACAUGUGUAUAGCACCAGGAUGAAAGGAAAACUCGCAAGGAGUCUCUGCGUGCUUAUUCACUUUUCUUGUUUUGGAAAAGUUUCAUAACAUAUUUUUUUUGUUGAAGAUUCAUUCGUCCCAUUGUUGAAGAUCGCGCACGAUGACAAAGACAAUGCUGCGCCAGAAGGAGGAGGACGUGCGCAACAAGGCCCUUUGCUAGCGGAGGGCGAUGGGCGAGAAGACUUUUCGCGCGAAUGGAACUACGCGAAGUAUUGUUGCAAUUUUUCGGAGAUUCGGUGCUUCCAGAUCAUAUCCGAGAAGCCCAGAAGAGCCCUUAAUGUAGGAGUGAAGACUUGACUAGUAAACGCGCCAAUGGAAUGGAAAAUAUGAACUUGACAAGCAAACGGAUCGAUUUUUUUGAAUUUAUCCAUCGUCAGAAGAUCUACCUAGAGCCGUCGCGGACCUCUCGGCGCGCCGUGCCGAUCUGUCGUGCGUCUGGGAUUUCUCACUCAUAUCAGCAAGCAAACUCCACUGACUCGCC